UUACGAAAUUAACAAGAGUGCGAAAAAUACUAUGGAAAUUCAAGAAAAGAAAUACUGGUUCAAUGAUACUUGAGCAGCUGGUCCUCUGUACCUGAAUUUUUAUUGCCUUGUAAUUCAAAAAUUGUGCCGUCGUUGUUAAGCUCCCAUUGUGUGCACUAAUGAUUGUUUGGUCAUUACUGUUUGAGAUAUAUUACGAAAACAGUUGGUCAGGCUCUUCUCCAUCUUUCAACAUCAGUAACACUUAAAGGGUUAUUGUUAAAACCAAUUUUCCAAAAUUCGUUCAAUACUCCCCUUUAUAAAAAGAAGUAAGCAAGUAAGUCCUUGCUUGCCUUUUCGAAGUCGUCUUGCCUCUAAUACAUACCGACAUUGUAGCUCUAGAAAAAUGUCGGACGAUGCUUACCAGCAAUUUUUGAAUGCUGCAAAUGCUCCAGUUCCUUCUCCUCCCCCCAAAAGUCCUAGUCAAGUUCCUUCUCAGUGGAUGAAAAGCACAGAUAAUGUUCCUAGCUCUGCUCCAUUGAGCGCUUUGUCAGAACAAGUAAAAGGUCACUACUAUAUUAGUGAGUCAGAUGAAAUUUUUCAUCCUAUCUAUUUAGAGGAGAUUCCAAAGGAAUUCCGAAGCAUCAAUAAAAAAGAAUUUGAUCCUCGUGAUGAAUACGGAGCCAUUAUAAAAGCAGUUCAGAGCUGCUGCAACUCAAACACAGUACAGUUUUUUAGCUAUCAAGAUACAGCAUCUACAAUUAUUUACUAUAUUUUAAGUAAACUCGAAAAUGGCCAUUGGUGUGGCCUUACGACCAUGGAAGUUUCAACUUAAUUUUGGAGCUUGAAUGCACAGCGGUUUUACAUUAGCACACUAACUAAAGCUAUACUUUUAUACAACCAUUGUUUAAUAUUAUUUUGAUAAUGGUCUAAAUCAUGUCUUAUUUUUACAUAACAUUUAGCUAUUCCAAAGGACUGAAGAUAGUGGAUUCUCAAGACGUUUUCUCAUCGGAAUUUACUGGAGCUAUUGCAGGUUCAACAACUUCAGAAGAUUUCGGAUCUUGGGAAUCAGUAGCAGUAGCUGCAUUCGAAUCCUGAUUCUGAUUAGUAGCAUUAUUACC